AUGGCCAAGAAGAUCUCCAUCUCCCCUACUUCCUCCUCCCUCUAUUCCUUCGGUGAUUCCUGCCUUGAUCUGUUUUUCCAUGUGAAACCACUACGUCACCCACUCGAAGACAACACCAUCCAGCAGCAGGCUGAUUAUAAUCAUUUUGCCCUUAACUAUCUGAAGCAACAGCUGCCUGUGGCCUGGUCCCACAGUCCCCCAAUCACCCUCAAGCUCAUCUUCAAUAACCACCCCAAGACUCUAUUAUUCAACCUCCCUUCCCUUACCAGCCAAGACGCUGUGGAGAGGCUCCACCAUGACCCGGACUAUAAGUUGUUACACGACCGGGUUAUGGAUCUCUUGGCGGAGGGGUUGAAGUCUGAUAUUGACUUAUUGAAGCAGCAGCACAAGCUGGAACUGAAGCCAGAUGAAGAUGGCGACGAACUUGAUGCUGAUCUUAUGGUACCUGGGGCUGCAGCGUUUGUCAUUAACGAAAUCUCCGACCACCUCUCCGGGGCCAUUUUGCUGCAUGAAAGCAUUGCAAGGAGGCUUUUCCCACCAGAAUCAGAUCAAUCAGAAGAGUGGGAACGGCUAAGGAAGGCUUUGGUUCCCUUGACCAAUUACUACAAUCAUCGAAUCAUGUACUUGAAUCCCACACAAGAGGUCUCUGUGGUUAAAAAGUGUUUGGAGGAGGUGAAAGCAGCAGCAGAAGGAGGAAGCAAUUUAAGAGGCGGCAAUGGCAUAAUAAAGCUGGAUGCGCUGCUUCCAAAUGAGAUCAUAAAAUAUGUAGAAGAUGAGGAUUUUGGGGAAGCGGCUGAGCUUCAGUGGAAGGCAGUGGUGGAGGACAUGUACCUAAAGCAAAAGCAAGGGGAAGAGAAUCCGGCAUGGAAAGGAAAGGUGAUCAGUUUUGGUCAUUUACCUGAUCAGCCGCUGCUGCAUUUAAUACAAGGCGAUGAUCUCAAGUCCAUGCACGAGUUUAUGAUGAGGACAUGCUUCAGGGAGUCCAACGAGGGUGUUGAUUUACGGAAAGUGUUUGAUUUGAUUCUGGAAGUGGUUGUAAAUGAGAACUUGAAGGCAGAGCAGAUAAUCAAGAAAGCGUUUGUGUUCACCGACUUCAAGGGAUUUUUUAGCUGCACCUCGACGAUGCCACACAUUUUGCUUUGGAAUGUUUGUGACUGGAAGUUUCCUCAUUCCAAAGAACAUCAUCCAGGGGUGACGAUGGUGAGUGGCUUCUCUGACAAUUUGAUUAAGUCCUUCUUGGACAAUGGUGGGGAAAUUGGCCCGCAAGCUCUCAUGGAAGCAUCCAUUGCCGACAAAGAGUAUCAAACUUUCUCUGUGGUUGACUGA